AUGUUUUCUGAAUCGCUUCAUUUUGGCCAAUCUCCCAUCUACGAUAUUGCCCUGAUCAGUGCAGUAACCAGUAUCGGCGUCUGGCUCAUCACCCGAGCGUUCCACUGGUGGACGACAACAUCCAAGCCAAACGUCCCCCGAUCAUCCACCCCAGAUCUCGAGAAGAAGUCGGUCGCAGUUACCAGGGAACCGGGAGAAUGGAUCCCAUCGGACUUUAAACGGCCUCCAGCAUCACCGUAUCCCGACUGGGAUGUACACACGACCAAGCCCAUUCCCUAUCGACCAUUCCGAUAUGGACCCAAGUACUUCGUCACGAUGGGUCUACGCAGCAUGAACUGGGACGAAUGGAUUGAACUCGACAACCACUACCUCAAAUACCACGCCGACAAGGCCCGUCGCAUCGCAGAACGCGGCGACAAAUGCUGCAAAACCGCCCCGGAAGCAUGGGACGCAGCCAUCGAGCUCCUCGAAGAGCUAACCUCCUACCUCCCCGAACGCUACCCAACCAUGUUCCAAAGAACCCCAACAGGCCUAACCAACCUCGUCACCCACGAAACCUUCAACAUAACCCAGCGGCCCCUCCCCGAAGACCCCAUGACCAUCGCCGCACGCCUCAUCCAAGACGACCUCGCCAUCAUGAUCGAACGACCCGACGGCGAAUACUACCUCCUAGCAGGCGCCGUCCUCCUCGCCGGAUUCUGGCGCCUCUCCGACAAAUACGGCAUGCGACUCUCCGAAAUCCACACCUCGGGCUCCGUCCCGCAAUACACAGAGAAACUCGAAAAGGGAAUGAUGAAUUUCUUCCGGCGCUUGAAACCAGAAGACCCUGUUCUCCGCAACAACUACUUCAUCCAAGUCGAUGACAGCUUACCCUGGUCGCAUAGUAUCGGCUCCGAGGACGCGAAGGAGGUGUCGUGGAGCACGGCGCAGAAGAACAAGGCCAUUGAGAAUCAUUGGUUCCGGUCUGAGAGGCAGAGUCUAAGACGGUUGCCGAAGUCGGGAGGCGUGGUGUUUACGAUUCGGACGUAUUUUGAACCCAUUACGAAGAUUGUGGAGGAGGAAUAUGUUCCGGGGAGGUUGGCUUCUGCGGUGAGGAGUUGGGGGGAUGAUGUGGCGGUUUAUAAGGGACGGGAGAGGUAUGGGGAUGUGUUGUUGGAGUUUUUGGAUAGGAAGCAUCAGGAACAGCUCGAUAGGGGGUUGAGAGUCGAGUUGGAGGAUGAGGUGAGGAAGUAUCCUCUUUGA